AUGUCCAACGUCAUCUCGUUCCUGGCGGCCAAUAACUAUCCUCUCCUCCUCAACGCGUACCCCUACUACGCAUACGAUCCCAAGUACAUGAAGCUGGAUUACGUGCUCCUGAACUCGACCACCGUGAUCGUGCAAGACGGCAACCUGGGCUACACGAACAUGUUGCACGCCAUGGUCGACACCGUGUACACAGCGAUGGAGAAGGUCGGAGGGCAGAACGUGGAGGUGGUGCUGUCGGAGACAGGAUGGCCGUCGGGUGGCGGGCCGGCGGUGGCGACGGUGGAGUACGCCAAGAUCCACAACAACAACGCCGUGAGGCUCGCGGCGACUUCAAACGGGACGCCCAAGAGGCCUGGGAGGGGGUUGGAGACCUUCUUGUUCGCCAUGUUCAACGAGAACCUGAAGCAAGAAGGAACCGAACAACACUAUGGGCUUUAUUACCCCGACAUGAACGAGGUUUAUCAUGUGGACUUCCCUUGA